AUGGCAGGACCGGGCGUGGGUGGCACAGCGUCGGGCCUGCCGCAGUGCAUUGGAACAACAAAGGAGGGCAACGUGAAGCUCACCGUACACGUCAAGCCCAACGCCAAGAUAUCAGCCGUCACAGACAUGUCCAGCGAGGCCAUUGGAGUGGCGCUGGCAGCUCCUCCGAGAGACGGCGAAGCCAACGCAGAGCUGGUGGACUUCAUGGCAGGGGUGUUGGAGGCGAGGAAGAAACAGGUGGAGCUGGUGAGCGGCUCAAAGUCGCGGGACAAGGUGCUGCUGGUCACUGCCAUGACGCCCGAGCAGGUGCACGAGAAGCUACGACGGCACCUCGACAUCGCCGAUGAGUGA